AUGGCAGCAUUAGGCAAGAUAAGAAGGCGUUCCCUUUGCGUGGCCGUUGAAGGAAUACAAACGAAAUUAAGCAAAAUAAUGCACAUGGCUCACGCGAGCCCCAAAUUCGGAUCAUCUAUUUUUAAUUUAUUAUCUGAUAAUACAAACAAAUUUCAAAUAUACUGGAAUGUUCCUACAUUUAUGUGCCAUAAAUAUGGUAUGGAUUUUGGAGAAGUUUCCAACAAGUUUGGUUUUAUACAAAAUGAGAAUGACAAAUUCAGGGGUGAUAACAUUGUAAUUUUGUAUGAUCCUGGUAAUUUCCCGGCUUUAUUAAAAGAUAAAUAUUUAGAUAAUAUCGUGUGGAGAAACGGAGGCCUCCCACAAGAGGGUAAUCUCUCGUUGCAUCUGCAUUACUUUCGGCAGCAUCUCGAGGAGCAGAUCCCGAAUCCUAAUUUUUCAGGGAUCGCUAUCAUUGAUUUCGAGAGUUGGCGACCAAUCUUUCGACAAAAUUGGGCUUCUUUGCAGAUUUACCGGGACUUGUCCAUUGAAAUCGAAGGCCAGCGCCAUCCGUUUUGGACUUCACAAGCAAUAACAUUGGAGGCGACGCGUAGGUUUGAAAAUUUUGGCAAACUCUUCAUGAAGAAAACUUUGGAGAUGGCCAAGAAUCUAAGACGAUAUUAUGCAUAUCCUUAUUGUUUUAACUUAAAGCAGCCAAACGGGAACUGCGAUCCGAAGGUCUUUGGAGAUAAUAACAGAAUGUCAUGGCUCUUUGAGAAUUCAAAUAUUCUUUUACCGUCCGUGUAUCUGCCUCAACAGCUCACUCCCAGUGAAAGAGUGAAUCUAGUCAGUGGCAUAGUGCAAGAGGCCAUUAGAUUAUCAAGAAGAUUUCAAAAGCAGCAGAAUAUCAGAGUUCUUCCUUAUUAUUGGUACAAAUAUCAAGACCGAAAGAAUAUUUUUCUACAAAAGAGUGAUAUUGUCAACACGAUACAGGAAAUAGCAAAACAUGGCAGCGACGGAAUGAUCAUUUGGGGUAGCUCGAAUGACCUUAAUAACUUAAGUAAGUGUGAGAAUUUUCAGGCUUAUUUUCAACAAAUUCUUGGUCCCGCCAUUCUUCAAGCACAAUAUUUAUAUAAAUCUUGAAGCUUAGAAAUCAGUUGCUUCAUAAAUUAGUAAAUUUUUUAUACAG